GGUCUCAGGACUCCUGCGUCGGAAACGAGAGGGAGGAAAUGGCUGGGAAAGGAAAAGGGGUGUUGAAUUUGGAUAUUGGUGGGGACAUUGGUGGACGGAUCGGGUGCAUGGAGUUGGUGUCGGAGGAUCAGGACUCCAGGGUCCCAGCCCUGGAACCAUUCCGGGUGGAGCAGGCACCACCUGUAAUCUACUAUGUCCCUGACUUCAUCUCCAAGGAAGAGGAGGAGUAUUUGCUUCGACAGGUCUUCAAUGCCCCAAAGCCAAAGUGGACUCAGCUCUCUGGGAGGAAGUUACAGAAUUGGGGUGGGCUCCCACAUCCCCGAGGGAUGGUUCCUGAGCGGCUUCCUCUGUGGCUUCAGCGCUACGUGGACAAAGUGUCUGACCUCAAUCUUUUUGGGGGUCUCCCAGCCAACCACGUCCUUGUGAACCAGUAUCUGCCUGGGGAGGGCAUCAUGCCCCACAAGGACGGGCCACUGUACUACCCGACCGUCAGCACCAUCAGCCUGGGCUCCCACACCAUGCUGGAUCUCUACGAGCCGCGGCAGCCAAAGGAUGAGGACCCUACAGAGCAGCCCCGGCCCCCACCCCGGCCGGCCACCUCGCUGUUGCUGGAACCCCGCAGCCUCCUGGUACUUCGUGGCACUGCCUACACGCACCUCCUCCAUGGCAUCGCAGCGGCCUGUGUAGAUCCACUCGACACCGCCUCUCUACCGCUCAACGCUGCCGCAUGCCCAUCGGCAUGGCCUGGAGCCCACCUGGUCCGUGGCACCCGUGUCUCGCUGACCAUCCGCCGGGUGCCCCGUGUGCUGCGGGCUGGACUGCUCCUUAGCAAGUGACGCCUGGCCCCAGGACCUGCUGGGCUUCCCGGACUAUCAAGUUUCGGACAGCUGCAACCUUGAAACCCUGGGGAAGAGGCGGGUCCCCUGAGUUAUUUUCCCAAUAACUUUGUGGGAACCACAGAAAGGCUUCAUUUCAAAUAAACCAACAAAAAUC